AAACAAAAUGCAAGAGUAAAACUUGGUGCUCGGUGUGACUAGAAUAUAACUUUCUUUAUCUUUAGUCAGUUCAUCUCGGACUUCGUAGUGUUACACACAGUUUAUCGAAUACCUAUUACGACUAUAAAAUCAAUCUCGUCAUCAGUUUUUGCUAGGAAUACUUAUUUUUCCCGUACAUGCAUCCGGAAGUGAUAACGUUGUGAAAAGUGGCAUGAAAGCACUUGUAGAAAUCUGGGACCCCAAGUUUUGGUUGAAAUUAAACAGAUUCGUGAAAUUUCAAGUAUGUAGGACAAGACGAACCCAACCAGUUUAAUACUUAAUAUACUAGCCUAAAAAGGACGACGGUUCAGAUACUUAAGUUAUGAAUUUUGGUGACCUCAACGUUAGAUCAGACAAGAACCUAACCAUAAUAUACAUACAGGAUUCAAGCAUCGAUGGUUCUCAAUAGAUAAUAUAGUGCGUGUUCAAAGAAAUAUUCCUCUUGUAGUGUGGUAUUUCUUCGAUAAAAUGACUUAAAAAUGGAUUACUUCAAGAGGGGAUUGGUUUUUGUCACCUUUUUCGUGGCCUGUAUUUCGAUGGCCUUGCUGGUGGCUAGUUUGGGCACGAAACAUUGGAUAAGUGCCAAGGCAAAAAGGAUCAAAAAUCCAUUGGAGAGCGAUGGAAAAAUACAUUUCGGGUUAUUCGAUGGAAAGAAGGAAUUGAAUGUCGCCUACGGGUGGAGAAGUUAUGAAAUUGAUGUUAUUCACCUCGUAAAAUAUGAACCGGAAUUUUUAACGUAUGGAUUAUGGUUGGGAACAUUGGUAGCAGUUUGCGCUGGACUUCUGUUUUCUGGACUUAGUGCCCUAUUUGCAGCCACCAAUACUGCGACUACCACAUCAAGAACCCUAACUGGUGUUUCAGGACUAUACCUUUGGAAUUUCCUAGCUGUUUUGUGUGAUGUCUCAGCUUUAUGUCUAUGGACAGCACAGUUUUACACAAAUAUCCAGUAUAGUGUAUUAUCAAGAGAAGAUAAAGACAAUGAAUGGACGUCAGAAGAUAUGGCAGAAUUUGGAUAUUCUUUCUGGUUUGUUGCAGGAGCAGCAGUAGCAUCAUUUAUAAAUAUAAUUUUAAUUUUUAUAUCUAAUAUAGAAAAAGAUGUAGAGAAAGUUAUUCCUGUAUUGGAAGAGAAGACCAAUGGAGCCAUUAUGUUAUAUUGAGGAUUUUAUUGUUUCUAGAGUUCUAUAAAUUCGUAGAACAAACUUUCUAUUUAUUUAGAAAUUGUAUAUUUUGGAAAGUAUCUGAUAUUUUUUACUAAUUUAUAAUAAAAUAUCAAACCAAAUGU